CCUGAUUUUCUCCCAAGAUUGAAUGCAUGGAAAAUGCAGGAGAAAGCGUGAGCAUUCCAACGACCCCAAGAUCGCCCCAAUCCGACCGAUGAUGCCGAAGUUACAAGAAUUCCAAGAUUGGAAGUUCUAAUGACAAAUGCUAUACCUCGGGUAUCUCAUGGGUCUUCUUAUAAUGGGGAUCUUGUGGGGCCUAUGGUGUGCUUCUAGGAAGGUUCUAAACCAUUCCUAGACAUCAGGAAACCUUGUUUCCCUUCCAGGGCCCUCUUAGAGGUCUGAACCCCGAACCAUGUCUAUAUGGUUGUGUGUCUUGCAAGUUCUAUCUACUUUCUAAGGCAACGACCAGCAGUUACGUUUUGAUUCAGUUCUCACUCUAGAGUUAAUCUAGUGUUCGUGCAAAGUAGGCCGAUCCUAUCAACAAGUGGUAUCAGAGCGAGUACCUAUCUUUGCGACGACGAAUCGUGGUCAUUUCUCAACCAAUGUCGACGAGUAAGACCUGUUUCGAGUAGCUCAGGUUACGAGCUUUCUAACGAGCCUAUUCUCAUGUCUUUAUGCAAAGGCGUGUGUUCGUGGCGGCGUUUCUUGUAAAGCUGAACAUUCUGCCAGAAUUUUGUCAGAUUCGAUCUGUUACGAUUUCUUCAUUCCUAGAGCUAGCAGAUGCCGAAUAGAGGCUCUGUAGGUGCUGAGGGCGAGAUGGCACGCUGAGGGAGUAAGGGGGAGCAUCUGGUGAUGGUGCUGGAGCUUCACAACCGAGGGGAGAAGCUCAACAGCUUUCACUACCCACGUUAUCUACUCCAUCUCCACCAUCCAGCCCUACCGUGGAUCCUAUGAAGGCUUUCUCAAUUGAGAAGUUCAUAGGGGAGGGAUUUGAGCAAUGGAGCUUUCGAAUGCGUCUCAUGUUUACGCAUUAUCAUCUUCUAGAGCUCGUGGAGGGAAGGGAGAAGAUGCCGGAGAACGCGGAUGCCCGUGGCUCAUGGAUAAAACGCUCGUUCGACACGUACAUGCUCUUGGUGCAAGCGGUUGGAGGGCGCCAGUUGGAUCACAUCAAGGAGCUGCUUGGAGAUCCCGAGUGUGGACCAAAGGCAUGGAAGAAGCUGCAAGAUAUCCACUCACCAACUCACGCGACCGGCAUUGUGCUAUUGGCGCGUCGAUUGCGCGACAUCAAAUUCGUGGAUGGAGAGCCAAUGCAACCGGUUUUGGAUGAGAUGCGGGAUAUCUUCUCCAAAUUGCAAGCGGGAGGCUUGGUCUACCCUGAGCUCGUGCAGUGUAUGGAGAUUGUCAUCGGAUUGCCGGAGUCUUGGUCUGCUCUUGCUAUCAACCUCAACUCUCAGCAAUCCCAGUGGAGCUUGGAGUACAUUCGCGCACGGAUCUCGGAGGAAGAUCUACGGCGACAGAGUGUGGAUCGCUCGGGGGAUGCUGCUGGUUAUGGAGUUGGAGGAGGGAGGAGUGGUUUUAAGAAGAAGUGGAAGGGCAAGAAGAAUGACAACUCUCAGGAGGAGAGUACUGGAGGUCAAGACAGGAGCCAAGGAGAUGUAUGCUUCUAUUGCAAGAAGCGCGGUCAUCGCUGGAGAAAGUGCUAUCAAUGGCCUAAGGACUGGACCCCACCUUCAUGGACCAAUCAGCAAGGAGGCAAAAGGAGUGGGGGAGUUAUGGGAGCUGGUGGAGAGGAGGAUGAGGAGGAGAAAGGCGGCAAAGUGGGUGAGCAGCGGCCCGGUUUCUUCUUCUUUGUGAACGAGGGUGCUGCGGAUCCAGCAAUGGCUGCCAAGGUUCUUCUACAUCCGCUAUCUCAUUGGGUCAUUGAUUCUGGAAUCUACCGAAGGGGCGACGAGCCAUCGGCAAUAAGUGGGUCUUUAGGACUAAGACCGGAGCUGAUGGCGAAGUGGAGCGGUACAAGAGCCGUUUAGUUGCCCAAGGGUUUGAGCAGAAGGAGAAGGAGGAUUACAAGGAAGUGUUUGCAUCUGUUGCUAAAGCACGAACCUUGAAGACCUUGCUGGCCAUUGCUGCUGUGAAAUGUUGGAGUGUGAAGCAGAUGGAUAUCAUCACUGCAUUCUUGAAUGGGGUGGUGGUGGAAGACAUAUAUAUGGAGCAACCAGUUGGAUAUGAAGAUGGGACUAGCAGAGUGUGCAAGCUUAAGAAGGCAAUCUAUGGACUUAAGCAGGCUCCAAGGUGUUGGUAUGAGAAGCUAGCAGAAGUGCUCCUUGCUGGAGGCUUCAACACCUCUCAAGCUGACCACAUCUUAUUUCUGCUUGGUGAGGGGGAGCAGCAGUUGUGCUUGCUUAUCUAUGUAGAUGACAUCUUGCUGUUCUCCCCAGCAUGCUUUCACAAGCACUUGGCCACUCAUCACUACCGUUAUCCACACAAUAAUCUUGACAUCAGCCAUCCUCCAUCCAAGCUUCAACCUUCUUUCUGCGGGUCUAUCAUCGUUGAAGCAAAGGUCACUUUAGUCAACUUCCGCUUCCGCCAACCAGCCACUUGAAAGAUCCAUAACGCAUUCCAUACCAGCAUCUUAAACCCUAUCAAGACCAAACACGCUCUACACCGAAUGCCAACCACCAUCGCCGCCCGUGUUCGUCCACGACAUGGGACAACUACGUGCUCGGACACUGUCAUCAUCAGAAUGGCACUCUAGAACUUCUUCUUUGCUGGAAGGGUUCUGAUCCUUCUCAGGCUGCAUCUGUGAACUCGACAUGGGUAAUGCCCGUUGUCCUAUUCGCGACCACCUUGUCAAGCAGGGUGGUACUUCUACCACCCAGCUUUGAGGGGGGGAAGUGUGAGAGUACGACACCGUUACACCAAUUUCCCCUUUCCAUGUUUCCUUUCUAUUUCAUUCCUCAUUUGGUCUUUAUCUCAUCUCAUUUUGUUUCCUAUUCCUCAUUUUCUAUUAUCCCUUGGUUUGUCAUGUUAUUAUAAUUAUCUCACCAACCAGGCUCGGAUGUACUGGCGCGCUAUAUCUUGUGUAAUCCUGCCGUAA